GCAGGCGGCAGUGCGCGCGGUGACACUGGGGGAGCGGCGCACCGACUGAAUAGCAGCCGCUUACACAGGACCUUCAAUUCGGCGUUUAGCUCGUUCCUAAAGGAGAUGGGAAUGUUUAAAUAUUUCCCCGCGGUGUGACUUCAACGCAUUUAACCGUUUCCCGGAAGAUUACAGGAAACCGAGGAACAGUACCGGUGUGCGUUAAUCCAGAGGCCGAGCCGAGCCGCUAACGUUAGCUAGCGUAGCCAUGAGCUCCCUGGUGGGCUACGGAGUGUCCUCCGAGUCCGACAGCGACGGGGACGCGGAGUACGCGAACUAUGGGGGCGCUUGCAGUUUACUGGGCGGCGAGUCGUCGACUGCCAGAAAACCCCGCAACUUCCUGCUGGAGUCCGGUUCCGCGUCCAGCGGGUCCGAACCAGAGGCCGAGCACGCGGGACUCCCUUCGUCGCCCGCGCACCCCCGCGCACCGGCGUCCUCUGUGGCAUUCCGGCCCACCGCGCCCUCCUCGCUCCCGAGCCCCCUCGCCUCCCACAAGCUGCCUCCCCCCUCCCUGAACACCUCCUCCGACAGCGGCGUGUUCGCGAAUCCCUUCAAGGCGCAGGCGGACCGGAAGCUCUGCGCUCUGCAGAAGCACGUCCCGCUCACGAUGCAGGCCAAACCCUCGGAGAUCGGGGGUAAGAAGGUGUGCGUGUCCUACAGGAAGAACGGACGGUGCCGCUUUGGGAUCAAGUGCAAGUUCGCCCACGACAGUGACCUCCAGACGGACCGACAACCGGCCGCGAGCGACGGGACGCCCGGUUCGGAUCAGGCCGAGUGCCGCGCAGGGGGAUCCCAGGACCUCCGGCAGACUAAGGAGCAGGAGGAAGGGUCCGCGGGGCGGCAGGGGAGGAAGAGGAAGGUCGGACUGAGUGACACCUUGACUCCUCCUAAGCGAGCAAUGAAGCAGUACGUCACGCAGAGGGGCAGAGAGCAGCUCAACAUGUCCUGAUGGGUCCAGAUGGGCCUCAUAGCAGUUGUCCUCUCCCGUAGAGACGUCCCCUUCGCAGUAAGGGGACCAGAGAUAGGGACUCAGGCACACAGCAGCGUUACACCCGAAAGACACGCUUUUCAUCCCACUGAAACGUAACCGUUGCAGCUGGAGACGGCCGGUGGGGGUUCCUCGGGUUUAUUUGAUUCCGUGUUCGUUCACGUCAGUGAAUAUACACUUUGGGUCAAUGUUGAUUUUUAUUUCCAUAAGUGAAUAGUUGUGUUUGCUCUACCACACAUCCUAAAUCACAAGCCAGAGGAGGUGCAAGUUGGGUUUUGACAACGAGGUUCCUACACAGCUUUGCUUAUCAAAUCACAUGACACUUUUAAUAAGUCGAGCGCCGACUGAGCUUGUCUGUUAUUUUACGGGUUUGUGUGCGUGAUCUACAGCAUCCUGGGGUGUGAGUAGUGUAUAUACAUUAGGUGUUGGUGUAGUGGCACUUUUUACACCUGUAAAACUUUUUCUUUUUAGGCUUUCAAAUGUUUCUUUUGAGAUUGUUUGACAUUUUCUUUUAACUUUUCCAAACAGCAAUAAAUCUGGAAAAUAAAAAA